ACCACUGCGCCACCAAUUCAAAGAAGAGUUGGUCGCACAGUGCGAAUAAACGAUCAUCUCGAAACUGAGAUAGAAAUCAAACUGGUCAAAAUGCGUGGCUGCAUCAGUUUCUUUUCGACCGACAUUCAGCCGUAAACCUCGGACGUGAGCUCCGACAAAGUUCGCACUGACCGCAACGGAAAAGAUGACGUCAAGUACCCAUUACCGUGCUCCUGCGCUUGUCCUUUCAGCCCAUGUUAGCGCGACAAAACGCCACGAACACGAUGCGCACUCUUCUAUCCUAUCUAUAUAUGAACUAGGAGACUAUUGUCGCAUUAAAAGCGCGGACUUGUAAAAUAAAUGGUUCGACACAUACCCGUCUUUACAGUCUCUCCAGCGAACGGAGACCUUAUAAGCUGUAUGGCUCUCGUGCGGUCACGUGACGCCCCUCGGCCAAUGAGAGCGACGCUCGCGUGUUUUGCUAGGCUUUUCUCGGGGAGGACGGGAGACGAAAGGCUGGGAUGUUUUCAAACCAGAGAUGAACGUCACACCGCCGUAGUCUGCUUCAAGUCAUAGAUCUUUAGGAAAAUAGCAAUAUAUCGCUCGCAGUAUCACGUAUAGCUGAACGCGCACGAGACGGAGGCAACACGUAACACCCUUUGAAGUAGUAUCCUAAACAGAAGAAGAAGAAGAAGAAGAUCCUAAACGGCAGCAAAGUUUAAUCAAAGGUGCAUGAUGACCCAACGGUGCUGUAGCUGUUACAGCUAGUCAGGAGCCGCACCAUGGCCAAACCUGGGAGCGACAGAGAUGGAGCCAUGGUGGAGAAGCAGGCGGGGAAGAAGAGCAAAGACAAGUUGUCGCCUUUCACCAAAACUCCAAAGCUGGACCGGAGUGAGUUGCUGGGGAAGGAGGGCAAAACCAAGUCUUCCAUGAAGCGCAAGCUGUCCUUCACUGCCAGUCCACCCCGGACAGAGGAACGAGACUCAGACACUGAUGACUCAGACCCAGGCCAGUCGAGUGAGACCUGGGGAGAGAGAUUAGUGCCGCCCUGCAGGAUAUACGCAGAUAAAGAUGGACCAGACAAGAAGAAGGUGAAGAAGGAGGCAGGGGGCAAGAAGUCCCAGGCUCCCAACCUUUUGUUUGGUUAUCCUCUGUCAGAGCGCAAACAGAUGGCUCUCCUCAUGCAGAUGACUGCCAACAGUCCAGACUCUACACCCAGUCACCCGUCUCAAACAACACCUGUGCAGAAGAAAGUCCCCAACAGUGCUUCAUCCAGACAAAAAGACAAGAUCAACAAGAGGAAUGAGCGAGGGGAAACGCCCCUUCACAUGGCAGCCAUCCGGGGAGACGCCAAACAAGUCAAAGAGCUCAUUAGCCUCGGCGCUGAUGUCAACGUCAAAGACUUUGCAGGUUGGACUCCUCUCCACGAAGCCUGUAAUCUCGGUUAUUUUGACGUGGCCAAAGUCUUAAUAGCAGCUGGUGCAGAGGUGAACACGCAGGGUUUGGAUGACGACACACCACUUCAUGACGCUUCCAGCAGCGGACACAAAGAUAUUGUAAAGCUCCUACUGCGCCACGGUGGAAAUGCCUACCAGGCCAACAAGCGUGGGGAGCGCCCGGUGGACGUGGCAGACUCCCAGGAGCUGGAGCAGCUACUGAAGGGAGAGCUUCCACUGUCGGACCAAGAUGACAGCUCUUCAGAGUCUGAAGACCCACCAUCGGUUAAUCCAUCGAGUGUGGAUGACAACAUGGAAGACUCUGAUACUGAAAAGGACUCGGAUGGCAAACUGGUCAUGAAGGCGUCAUCAUCUGUGCCAGGGCUGGAUGAAUACGAGUUCAAAGACGAGGAAGAGGAGGAGGAUCUCAGUAAAGCCCUGAACGACAGACACAUCCUGCGGCGGGAACUCAGGCAGCGGGAGAAGGAGGACAGCGAUAUGAAUCACGUGGCAGGAAAGCAGAGCGGCAAGGGGGAUUCCUCCUCCAAGCCCAAAAAGCAAAAAACUUCUCGAGUCCACUGCAGUUCAGAUACCUCCAGUGAUGAAAUGGAAAGCCUUUCAGAUAAAAGGAACUCGCCCACCUGCUCUCAGAACUUGGAGCCCCUCAAAGUGGACACAAGAUCUAAGAAGGACAAUUUUGAGCAAAAAGACAAGGGUAAAGUGAAGAGGAAGAGUAAGAGCCAGAAUAAAAACAAGGAAAACCAAGAGGAUGGGAAAGAGAAUAGCAAAACCCUAGUCCUCUCUUUAGCAGCUGUGUCUGAGAGCACAGAAAAGGGUCGCGAGGAGGACUCCUUCAAGAUGUCUUUCAGUCCCAAAGACGACUCGUCGGUUCACCUCUUCCAUUUGUCGUCCAUUAAAUCUCCUAAAUUGAUUCACACCCUGACGGAUAAACAGACACCACUCAAACAGGAGAAUACCAAGAUGUGUGUUUCCAUCAGUGACAGUUCAUGUCCGGGAGACGGUGUCAAAUACAACCACUACACAGAUGCAGACUACUGCACUGAAGGCUCCAGCACUAAAGGGUGUAAGCAUAAGGAAAAGAGCAAACAUCAACAGAAGGAGUCCAGUGUAGAAGGGGAUGACGGCCGUUUGAGCCCAUACAAAGAUGGCAGCAUAGGAAACAGUAUAGACAGCACUGAAGGUGCCCUACGCAAGAUGGACGUGGACGGCAAGGUGGUGAAGAAGCAUAAACUUAAACACAAGGAGAAGGACAAACACCGGAGGGAGUAUGAGGCAGAGCGAAGCCGCCACAAGCAGAAGGAGGCCAGGAAAGACGGCCACAGGAAUUUGGAGUUUGACAGAGAGUUCUGGAAAGAGAAUUUUUUCAAAAGUGAUGAGACAGAUGAGCCUCUGCCAGUGAAGAAGGAAGGUGAAGACACCAGCUCACUUCAGAAGACCUCUGAUUCCUCUCCUGUCAAAGAUGAGAGAAAUGCAAAGGAGAAACAUUCCAGUAGCAAAGAAAAGCGACAAAGAGAAGAGCGAGAAAAAGACAAAGCCGUGAAGAAGGAGCGCAAGGAGGCUGCUGGUAAAGAGGACAAGCUAAAGGAUUCAAAACUGAGUGAGCGUGACAAGAGGGUGGACUGCCACGGCUCAGGGCGGAUUCCUGAGGAGUCACUGCAGAGUAACAGCAUGAAAGAGGAGACGGAAGAGAAACCCAUAUGUGGGAUCACAGCUGAUCAAGAACAGCUGGAGCCCUCUGAAAAAAGCUCACGUGAAAAAACUGACAAGAGGCUCCAAGGAAAGGAGAAGGAUUGUGAUAAAAUGGAAAAAAGGCAUCCCGACAAGGAAAAAAAGGUUAAAAUGGAGCACCCUGACAAAGCUGAACCACAGAAUGCAGUGGAUCGUUGGAAGGAUAAAGAAAGAACAGGAGCAAUGUCUUCCCACUCACCUGCAGAUAAAAACUACAAAGAGAAUGAAAAGCUGAAAUCGUUAUCGACAACAAAAAGACAUGACGACAGCCGGAAAAGUAAAGAUAAGUUGGACAAAAAGUCUGACAGGGAGAGGCAGGACAGAGAGCAUAGUGUUGGCGAUCACAGAGAAAAGGAUCGUGCAAACUCUGAUAGGAAAGCUAAACCUCUGGACAAGACGCCGGAUCAUAAAUCUGAUCGCUCCAAAGAGAAGGACUGUGACCGGAAGAGGAGAGAUAAAAUCAAAGAUGCGUCUCUUCCUUCAAGCUCCAAUUUGAAGUUACUUUUAGAAGAGAAGAAGAGCUACCUGUCUGAGAGCAAGUCUUUAUCCACAAAAUCAAAGGAGGAGGUCGUGAGAACGCCAGAGAAGGAUCGAGACCGGAGAGACCGUGACAGAGACUUGGACAGACACAAAGAUAAAGACAGACAUAAAGACCGCUCCCAGCAAGCAAAGAUGAACAAAAUCAAACCCAGUGAGAUGGAUGCAGAUAAGGCCAAGUCAAAAGCCUUGCCAGCAACACGAGACACCAAACCAAAACAAAAGAGGCUAGAGAAUGACGACUUGAUGCAGACCAGCUUUGAGCGCAUGCUAAGCUUAAAGGACCAGGAAAUUGAGCAGUGGCACCGCAAACAUCUGGAGAAAAUCAAACAGAAAGAGCGGGAAAGGCAAAAACUGAGACCUCUGGCCGAGCUAGGGAAGUCCAAGCCUAAAGACAGAACCAAGGUCGACCUAUGUUUGAGUAAAGAGCUGAUGCGCUCAAAAAGCUCAGAAGCCUCUGAUGUUCACAGAGGAGAUAAACCCCUGAAGGACGGCGCCAGUCCCAGAGCGGUGUCACUCGAUGGAAAGAGUCUGCCCUCGAUCAGUGCAAAGGUCAUGUCAGCAGUGGAAAACUGUCUGACCAGAUCCCCCAGACCAGAGGGCGAACGCUGUGGCCUCAUGUCCAGGUCUGUGUCCUUAGUCUCUGUCGCUAGCUCAGAAGAUUACUGUCAGACUACAACACUAACACCCAGACAUGUUGAAUAUGACUCUGACCUGAAUCAGGAAGCCUCCGCGUUCCUUCAGUCUUCCCUCGUCAUUCAGGCCACCAGAUCUCCAUCUGUUCACGAUAAAGAUUCCAACAGUCUUCCAGAUGUGUCGCAAAGUAAUCGGACACUGCCAUCCAGCAGACACGAGUCUCCCUACCUCAGGGCCAUUUUGGACGAUGAUGCCAUCUCAUCGGCUGAAGGAAAACUGGCAGAAAAUCUGCCAAAAUCCAGUCUACCCAGCGAGGAGCUGAGAACAAGGGAGACCUCUGCAGAUACAGAAGAGGGCCUCACUACACUUCAACAAAAUAUGAGUUCAGUGGCUGAUCCACUGAUGGAGAGAGAGGGGGACUCACCUGACUGCUUAACACCAACAGUGACAAACAAAGAUCCUCUGAAUAAAAAUGUAACUUCACAGUCCAGCAUCUCGCAGUGUACUGGCUUUCAACCCAGCUCAACAGAGCAGAAAGCUCUUCCUUCUUCUGAACCUUCCAUAAUGAAAGAUGUCCAGUGUGUGGCAGAAACUUUGCAGGGAGAAUGUAGCAGUAAGGACUCUGACCAGUCAGUGCCCACAGCCUCUGCAUCUGCUGAGCCGUCAGCGCUCACCAACACAAAAACCUUCCAGCUGAGGGAACCGCUUCCAUCCUCUGCUGUGGAGAGCAUCAUCUGCCAGCAACAAACAGAAACUGGCACCAUGCAGGUUUCUGACCCCAAAGACCGAGUUCUUGAGAACACUGAUGGACCAGAACCAGAGGGCAUGGAAAUCGUUCCUGAAAUUCUCAAAACAGAAGUGAUAGAAGGUCCUGUACCGUCCACCAGCUGUCACAUUCCGAGCUCCACUGAAGGGGAGUCUUUACCAGGUUUUAGCGGAGCUAACACUGAGUCUAAAUGCCCUCAAGAAGAUUUGUGUGUAAAUACCCAUGACUGUAAGAAUUUGAAACCUUCCAGUGACACGGCAAACUCUUGUCUCGAUGUUGAGAUGGAGAAAAAAGGCAGCACGUCCUGUGCGAGUCCUGAACCCAUGGAGGAAGAGACGACCGAUGUCCCACAGAGCUUGGACAGUAACAACACUGCUGCUGCAUCUGUUACAACAGAAAGCUCACCAGUUGAGGGCAGUGGGGCUACUGAGGGGUCAUCUGAAUCAAAAGCUGAGUGCUCCUCUGAGGCAAUGGAGGUGACGUCUGCUGAUGACCAACCUGAAUCGUCAUCAGCCGGAGAUGAGCUGAGUCAAACCUCUGUCCAGCCGGGAUCCCAGACUGACAUUAGUACUAACACCUCGAGGAGCUCGUCUCCACAGUCUGGAGACCGCGAAUCCGACUCUUCAGGCGCCAAGAUCAGGGUGCGCUCUUCAGACGAGGAUGCCGACCUUCAUGUUCCCCACCCACGCAAGAGGAAGAUGCCCAAGGUGUUGAACUACCAGUUGUGUUCAGCGACUCAGCAGGAGAAGGAGCGGGACCAACAACAGUCUCUGGCUGCGAUAGUGGACUCUAUAAAGCUGGAGGAAAUCGAACCCUACCAGACCGAGAGAGCCAACCCUUACUAUGAGUUCCUCCACAUUCGAAAGAAGAUCGAGGAGAAGCGUAAAGUGUUGUGCAGUGUCGCCCCCCAACCGCCACAGUAUUAUGAUGAAUAUGUGACCUUCAAUGGAUCCUACCUCCUCGAUGGGAACCCUCUCAGCAAGCUCUGUAUACCAAUGAUAACUCCUCCUCCUUCAUUACCCGAGCAGCUCAAAGAGAUGUUCAAACAACAAGAGGUCGUCCGCAUGAAACUGAGACUGCAACACAGCAUUGAAAGGGAAAAACUGAUCGUUUCAAACGAGCAGGAAGUCUUACGAGUCCAUUAUCGGGCGGCGAGAACACUAGCCAAUCAGACGCUGCCCUUCAGUGCCUGUACGGUUUUACUGGACGCUGAAGUGUACAACAUGCCCCAGGAGGUCCAGAGCGAUGAUGGUAAAACUUCAGUGAGAGACAGAUUCAACGCCCGGCAGUUUAUGUCCUGGCUUCAAGACGUGGACGACAAGUUUGAUAAACUUAAGACUUGUCUUCUGAUGAGGCAACAGCACGAGGCGGCGGCUCUGAACGCUGUGCAGCGUCUGGAGUGGCAGCUCAAACUGCAGGAGCUGGACCCGGCCACCUACAAGUCCACCAGCAUCUUCGAAAUCCCAGAGUUCUACAUCCCGCUGGUGGAGGUCAAUGACGACUUUGACCUCACCCCGAUAUGAGCUGUAGGACAGGAGCGAGCCGCAGACACGAGUGAGCAGCAGACCGCACAUUCGAGGACGGGGAAAAGGCAAAUGUGAGGCACUUAGAAUGUGGCGGCAAAACAAGAGAGCACUUAGAUUAAAAGACGAUUUUAACUCCAGAACUGUUCUGAGUCCAGACUGACCCGGGUCACCAUGAGGACAAGGCAGCGUGGACUCACCAGAUAGAAAG